AAAAAAAUAAAAAAUGAACUGUACUGUUCUAUCACCCUAUAUAUAAAUAAUUCGAACUGUUAAUGCAAUAGAAGUCUUCCUCUGUUUCUCUCUCUAUUUUGAAUCUCUUGCUGUUUUCUAGAGAGAGAAAGCUUUGAGUUUACAGUAAUGGGUUUGUUAUCAUUCUUAGGGAGGUUUCUCUUUGUAUCAGUCUUCGUUCUAUCUGCUUAUCAAGAGUUCAACGACUUUGGGGUUGAUGGUGGUUCAGCAGCAAAAGCACUAAAACCUAAGUUUGAUGUUUUGUCUAAGCAUGUCGCAACACACACUGGAUUUGAAGUACCACAUGUAGAGAUGAAACAUCUAAUUUUUGGGGCCUUGAUCAUGAAGAGUCUUGGAAGCCUUCUCUUUGUCUUUGGUAGCUCUUUUGGAGCUAUAAUCCUGGUUCUGCAUCAAGCCAUUGCUACUCCCGUCUUAUAUGACUUCUACAACUACGAUGUUGACAAGAAAGAGUUUGCUCAACUCUUUGUCAAGUUUACUCAGAGCUUGGCACUCCUCGGCGCACUGUUCUUUUUUAUUGGCAUGAAGAGCUCUGCGCCCAAUAGAUCCUCCCACCCAAAGAAGAAGGCUCCCAAGACGAAGACAGGUUAAGGGAUAUGAGACGUUGAGAGAUGUUUCAAUUUUGCUGUGAUCGAUUUGCAGCAUGCCAUACCUCUUUGAAGAGUUUCUUGUAAGCUUUGUAUUUUGCAAUUUUACUUCGGUUAAAUUCCCCAACUUUGUAGCUUCGUUUUUGUUUGAUUGUUUUUUCUGUUGCUGAUAAAUUAUCACUUGGAAAAUUUUUUUGAUUUAUAUAUUAGUCCCCAAAAAAAGAAUCUGAAGUUGACAAUUCCUAGUAAUUUAAUUUGUUAGCUUUUAUUGGUUCUCAUGU